AUGACACCGCCAGACCAUUCACCGUCACCCCCCGUCCAGAUGCUCGCCAGAAAGAAGAAGCGCGCCUCCAAGGCCUGCUCCUGCUGCCGCACCCGCAAGAUCCGCUGCGACGUCCUCAAGACGGGCGUCCCCUGCACCAAGUGCCGGCUCGACGGCUUCGACUGCGUCGUCCAGGCCCGCAAGAAGCGCCGCGGGAAGCUCGAGACCGAAAGACUGAGGCAGCAGCAGCAGCAGCAACAGCAACAGGCGUCGAUACUAUCAUCAUCAUCGCCAGGCCAUGGUUUGGGGCUCGGCGGUGCUGCUGCUGCUGCGAGGCCAUCAUCGCCGCGUUCGAUCCCGCAGCAUGCCAUGCUUCACCAGGUGCCGCACUAUCCCUUCCUGCGCAGCUUUGCCCCCGCGAGCCAGCCGUCCUCCCUGUUGGCUGUCUCGCGGGACAGCCUGGACGAUCCGGGAGCGAUGAAGCAUUCCCGGCUGGAUGACGAUGACAUGCACUAUCUGCAGCGGAAAGGGGCGCUGAGUCUUCCUCCGAGGGCCGUCAUGGACGUGUUUGUGUCCAACUAUUUCCAGCUCUUCCAUCCCUUCUUCCCCAUCCUCGACAAGUCCGGCUUUCUGGCGGAUUACUACCGGAGUGACCGCCAUGUUGCGCCGCGUUCUAACGGGGUGAGCUUGUUGCUGCUGCAGGCCGUUCUCUUCACAGCCGCUGCGAUGGUGCCUAUGAGCACAAUCUGCGACGCUGGCUUCACUUCUCGAAAAGAGGCGAGGAGUUUGCUACACAAGAGGGCACGGCAUCUCUACGAGUUUGACUUUGAGCCAGACAACAUCAUCAACAUCCAGGCUCUCCUGCUCAUGAGCCACUUCUACCCGUCCAUGGUGGAGCAGAAGCACACCUGGUUCUGGAUCCAUCAAGCCAUCAGUAUCGCGCAGGGCCUCGGGCUGCAUCGCAACGCCAGCCAAGAACCGCAGCGCAAGCUAUGGGCGAGAAUAUGGUGGGCGUGCCUGGUCCGGGACCGGCUGACUGCGCUCGGCACAGGGCGUCCCAUGCACAUCAACAGCCUGGACUGCACAGUUCCGAUGCUGACGCUUGAUGAUUUGAGAGAGGAUGGUGACAGCGAGGACGACCAGACGGUCAAGGAAAUCUUUAUCGACUUUGUCAAGCUUUGCCAGUACAUGGAGGGGGUACUCUCGCUGCCUCACAACAUUGCCACGGAACCGGGAUCUUUGCCCGAGCAGAUCGAUCUGUGUGAAGAAACGCUUCAGCAUUGGCGUCUGAACCUGGUCCCGAGCGCGAGGCUGCAUGGAGACUACGGGAGGGACUUUGACAAGCGAGGCAUGUGUACGCUCUACAGGGCGCUGCUACAUCUCAUGUACAAGUGA